CACUUUCCCACCUUCAUCAAAUGGAAGAAGCAGUCCUAGUUAAUAAUUUAAAUCCAACAGUUGUUGACAUUCCAAUCUCUGUAAUUUCCCAUUCUCCACAAGCCCAUUUCUGUAACCAGAACACAAAAAAGCUCUGUUCAAUCUUUUGCUUCUACACAAAGCCAACUUUCUCAUUCCAAUUCCGCCCAAAAGAGUACACCUUUGACAGUUCUGACCACCACCCACCAUCGUAAAUUUACAUUCUUGGAGUUGCAGGGAGCUGUGGCCAAGAAAACAAGAACAGUUUUUUUUCCUGGUUUUUGAUUCAAGAAGCUGAAGAAGAAGAAGAAGAAGGUAUAAUUUACAUGCAGAGCUGGACAGAGCAAUUACUCCAAAUCCCCAUUGAAGGCUUGCUCUGGGGGUUAGACCUUAUUUAUUUCUAUAGUUGGCCUCCCAACUGUCAUCUUUAAUUGCUCAAAUUUUCAAGCAGCUUCCUUAACCAUCUUCCCAAAUCUCCAGAAACCCCAAAGACACAGCCUUUAAUCGCUCAACCUCAUAUUUCUUCUCGGGUUUAAAUCUCAACUCCAUCUUCCCCAUCUUAAACCCAAUGAUUUCUGCUUCAAGAUGAUCAAUUUCCUCAUCGAAACUCUUCUGAUUCUCAUCCUCAUACCCUCCAUAGCCAAAGCCGAGAACUGCACAACCACAUGCGGAUCCGGCAAGUCAGCCAAGUCGGUUCCGUACCCGUUCGGAUUCUCCGACGGGUGCACAAUCCGAUUGACCUGCUCCGAGUCCGACAGCCAAAUCAAGAUCAGCGACUUCACAGUUCAGAACAUAACCUCAACUAGCAUCUUCCUUAAUCUCCCGGCCAAAUGUAACAGACUGGUCGAGUCCAUAAAGCCCCUGUUCGGCGAUCACUUCGGUCCGACGUGGAACAACAGCUUUCUUUUCCAGAGGUGCCCGGACUCGCAAAACGGCUGCUACAUUCCGGCGUCUUUUGUGCAAAAUCAGUUUGAUGAGAGUUGCAAACACAACAAAGAUAACAUAACGUGUUUGGCUCUGGAGAAUAACGUGUCGACGAUUGUUGAAUAUAAAACAUUUCAUGAGAAGCAGUGCAAGUACUUGUUCAGUUCGAUGGCGAUUAAUUCCGGUAGGAACUCGACGCUGUCUUUGGAGUUUGAGACGAUGGAGUUGGGGUGGUGGGUUAACGGGUCAUCCUUCAAUUGCGCUGAAAAUUCCACGCGUACUCUUGUUCAGCUCAGUGGGAAGCAGACCGGGCUCCGGUGUCAGUGUCGGGAAGGGUUUCACGGCGACGGGUUCAGCAACGGGUCGGGUUGCUGGAGAGAUUCUGAAUGCAAUGCUUCAAGGUACAUGUCUGGACGUUGUGGAGGAAGAGUCGGUAUUCUUAUUGUAGGGCUAAUUUCUGGAGCUUUAUUAAUGGCUAGUCUGGUUAUCAUCUGUUACUAUCUUCGGAAGCGCUCCACAUGCCUAAAGAACCAGCUGAGUGCAAGACGCCUUCUAUCUGAAGCUGCAGGCAACUCGAGCGUUCCAUUAUACCCCUAUAAAGAAGUAGAGAGAGCUACUAAUUGCUUUGAUGAGAAACAAAGGUUGGGAACAGGGGCUUUCGGUACAGUUUAUGCAGGAAAACUUCACAAUGAUGAGUUGGUUGCAAUAAAAAAGAUUAAAUACCGAGAUUCCAACAGUAUCGACCAAGUCAUGAAUGAGAUCAAGCUUCUGUCCUCUGUGAGCCAUCCCAAUCUAGUGCGACUCUUAGGUUGCUGCAUAGAGGGAGGCGAACAGAUACUUGUAUAUGAAUAUAUGCCUAAUGGAACGCUGUCUCAACAUCUACAAAGAGAGAGGGGAAAUGGACUUCCAUGGACCGUAAGGCUCACAAUUGCUUCUGAAACUGCCAAUGCUAUAGCCUAUCUCCAUUCUGAGAUGAAUCCACCAAUAUAUCAUAGGGAUAUCAAAUCCAGCAACAUACUUUUGGAUUACAACUACAAUUCCAAGGUAGCAGAUUUCGGUCUUUCUAGACUUGGAAUGACAGAAUUAUCAUGCAUAUCAACAGCUCCACAAGGGACUCCAGGCUACGUGGAUCCUCAGUACCAUCAAAACUUCCAUCUUUCCGAUAGAAGUGAUGUUUACAGCUUUGGGGUUGUUUUAAUAGAGAUAAUUACCGCAAUGAAGGUGGUUGAUUUUGCCAGACCUCAGACUGAGAUCAAUUUGGCUGCACUUGCUAUUGAUAGAAUAGGGAAAGGCUGCAUGGAUGAGAUAGUUGAUCCUUUCCUUGAACCAAAUAGGGAUGCUUGGACUCUUUACUCAAUUAACAAGGUAGCCGAGCUUGCAUUCAGAUGCCUUGCAUUUCACAGUGACAUGAGGCCUUCUAUGACAGAAGUUGCAGAUGAACUAGAGUCUGUCAGGCGCAGUGGGUGGGCAACAAUGGAGGACAAUGUAGGCACAACUUCCUCGGUGGCAUCCUCUUGUUCAUCACCGUAUAAUGGAAGUGAGAAGUCAUUUGGUGUUGUGGCGGCUAAGAAAACCAGUAUAAGAAGCCAGAGAUCAAUCGCAUCUCUAAGGGUGGACAGUUCUUUAGCUCCAAUGAUGGAGGAGAAAGAUACCUCUCCUGUAUCUGUACAUGAUCCUUGGUUAAGUGACCAGAGUUCACCUUCAACAAACAGUUUAUUGGGCAAUGUAGUUCAGUGAGAGGAAACUGCUCAUCUUUCGUGCUUAUCCCCAUAUAAAUGUGAUGUUCAUAGUGAACACCAGCCUACCCAUUGCUGUCUAUAUUUUUCUUACGGUAUUUUCCUAAUUCCUGCUGCAAUGCAACCAAAGAAACUGCAGGUAUAGACAGAUAAGUUUACACCGAUCUUAAUCACAUCUAUGUUUCUAGUCACAAGCAGAUCGACGAUUAACACUUUUUUUUCUAUCAUUAUCGAGUUUCUUUAUGUAUAUCAUCGGUAUUGCUUGGCUGCUCACUCAUGAAAGCCGAGUAAUUAGCAACACAUUUCCGAGCCAAAUUAACAGCUUUUUGUACA